AUGACCCAGCAGCACUCGGAUAUCGCGCGGUCGGCCAUUAUAGGGAGUAUGUCCCUAUAUUCAUCCGAGCCAUCCAGUCUCAAGAACCAGGAUAUUCCCCAGACCAACGGCGUUCACGAAAGUAACAGUGGCGAGGCCAAGGGCAGCAGCAGUAACGGCCUUCACGGCAACAGUAACGAGGGCGUUGACGGGAGCGCCAAAAGCGAUGUCAGCGACAACAGCAACGGCUCCGAUGGCAAGGAUUCGACUCUUAUGCCGCCGCCGAAGUCAGUGAUCGGGAGAGCACUGGGUAGUAAUAUGAACGGCGUGCCGACCGACAAGGCGUCAUUAUUAUCGUUCAGCAACGGGGUCGGAAAGGCCCUGACGGACACUCCGAUUUCUACCGCACCCCCUUCUCCACAGAUACUCGCCCGCUCACAGCCCCCCACCCCUCCCCGAGUUCGUGCCACCACCCUCGACAUCCCCGGUCUGACCAGAUCAAAGGCCUCGCCCGACGGCAGAAUCUCCCAGCGCGAUGUGGGGUCCAAGCUGGUCAUCGUCAUGGUGGGUCUUCCUGCCCGGGGGAAGAGUUACAUCACCAAAAAGCUGGCUCGCUAUCUGAACUGGCUCCAGCAUGACGCGGAGAUUUUCAACGUAGGCGAACGUCGCCGUCUUGCUGGGAGGUCCCCGUCAACUGGAAACGGGAGCUCUGCUUCCCACAAGGACCUAAUCGACUCCGUCAAGAGGUUGAGUGUCAGUAUAGGCGCAAUGGCCUCGCCGCCAGACGAGAGUACCUUACCGCCAGCGGCCGUUCCUACCAAGAUCCUUGUGAAUGGUGAAGAAGCAAUCCAGGACGGUGAUGCCCCAACCGUCAUUCCGCCCAUCGACACGGGUCUUACUGCUGCGGAGAAAGCCCGCUCCCAAUCUGUUACACAGUCCGCCGAGUUCUUCGAUCCACAGAACCAGAGCGCCGUGAGGUUGAGAGAGCAAGUGGCUCUGGAUACACUCGACGAGCUCCUGGAUUACAUUCUAGAACGUGGAGGCAGCGUGGGUAUUCUGGAUGCCACUAACAGCACCCUGGAGCGCAGAAAAGCCGUCGUCGACCAUAUCCGCCGUCGCGCUGGUCCCGAACUGGGCGUUCUCUUCCUUGAGAGCCGCUGUGUGGACCAGGAGCUGUUGGAAGCCAAUAUGCGGCUGAAGCUUUCCGGCCCCGAUUACAGGGACCAGGACCCGGUCCAGGCCUUGGCAGAUUUCAAGAAACGGGUGUCUCUGUAUGAAAAGUCUUACGUCCCUCUUGGCGAGUAUGAGGAAAAGAACAAUAUGGCCUACAUCCAAAUGAUUGACGUCGGUCGCAAAAUUGUCUCUCACCAGACGAACGGUUUCCUGUCCUCACAGGUUGUCUACUACCUCCUCAACUUCAACUUGUCACCACGCCAGAUAUGGAUCACAAGACAUGGUGAAAGCAAGGAUGACCAGGUAGGGCGCAUCGGAGGCGAUUCCGAUUUGAGCGAGAAUGGAGUGCGGUAUGCAAAAGCCUUGGCCAAGUUCAUUGACCAUCAACGGAAGCAAUGGGAGUUGUACCAGAGACAGAAGGAAUUGUUGAAGAACUUCCCACCUCGUCCUGGCGACAGCACUCCACCAAAUCCGUCCUACAUUCCAAGCGAUCGUCCCCGUAAUUUCUGCGUGUGGUCGUCGAUGUUGAAGCGCUCCGUGCAGACCGUCCGUUACUUCAACGAAGAUGAGUACGACGUCAAGGAAAUGAGAAUGUUGGACGAGCUCAAUGCAGGAAAACUGGAGGGCAUGACUUACAAUGAAAUCCGCGAGAAAUACCCCGAGGAGUACGGCCAUCGGAAGAAGGACAAGAUGUUCUACCGUUAUCCCGGACCAGGAGGUGAAGGUUACCUUGAUAUCAUCAAUCGACUCCGUGCUGUGAUUAUCGAGGUUGAGCGAACUACAGACCAUGUGCUUCUGGUCAGCCACCGUUCGGUUGCUCGUGUCCUCCUCGCUUACUUCCGUGGCUUGAAGCGUGACGAAGUGGCCGAUCUUGAUGUCCCAUUGGGCAUUGUAUAUAUGCUAGAGCCCAAGCCUUAUGGCGUUGACUUCAAGGCAUACCGCUACAACCCCGCGACCGAUUGGUUCGAUUAUAUUCCUGACUUCCAACUUCGCCAAGCAAGCUAUUAA